AUUUGUAGUGGGAGUGACCACUUGCCUUCUACACACCUUUUAUACAUACAUACACGUUUAUAUAUAUACAUAUCUAUAUAUAUAUAUAUCUAUUUAUAUGAGAUAAUGUUUAAUUUGUUAAAAGAUGAACACAAAGAACAUUUGAAAUUCUUAGCAAAUGUUGAUGCUGAAGUUGUUCGGGAAUUCUGUCGCAUCUCCUUGCAGUUCAUUGAAAAUGGCGCUAACCCAAAAGUGUACCAAGGCGCCGCACAGAAACUUGAUGUGGAAACGAAAGUUGUUCAGUCGGCCGUGGAAGGGUUGAUGUACCUCCUGACAGAGACCUCCCGAUUUAUGAUUCCUGAAUCAGAAUACAAAGAGUCUUUAAGUAUUCUUGGCUUCCAAGAUGACAAAAUAGACAUUUUACUCACCAUGUACCUGGAAAACAGAGGAAACAUCCGGAAUAUUCUUUCGGAAAUGUCUAUGGAGUUGCCACAUUAUGACAAUUUAGAAUGGCGUUUUGAUGUUCAGGUUGCAAGUCGAUCCAUGAGGCACCAGGUGAUGCCAAACGUUCUGCUGAAGCUCCACUUGGAAGAGGAGGAUAAAGUCACGACACACCCUCUACAAACCGACCCCGGGAACCUUGUUCAGUUAACGAAGGAACUGGAAAAAGCUCUGGACGAGAUGAAAUCAGCCUUUUGCAGACGCAUUGUUAGAAACAUAGACUGAACAUUCUGCUUAAUUUAUCAACACCUCUGUUUGUCUUGUUGUGUGUAUAUAUGUGUAUAUAUUUAUGUGUAUAUAUAUAUACUUUAUUUAAAGCAGCAGAAACGGGAAACUCAGAGUAACAGGUUUUUUCUC